AUGCGACCGUUUCUUGCAUGCUCCACACUCGCCCGACAUGUCUUCAGAGGGUUUUCCACUACUAACGCAAUGGCGGCUCAAAAGAUUCAAGGAGGAGACAUCGUCGAGAUGCAAGGAGAUGAGAUGACCAGAAUCAUCUGGGAUCUGAUCAAGGAGAAGCUCAUCCUCCCAUACGUCGACCUCAAUCUCCACUUCUUCGAUCUUGGAGUCGAGCACCGUGAUGCCACCGAUGACCAAGUUACCAUCGAUGCCGCCAACGCUACCCUCAAGUACAACGUGGCUGUCAAAUGCGCCACCAUCACUCCCGAUGAGGCCCGUGUCGAGGAGUUCAAGCUCAAGAAGAUGUGGAAAUCUCCAAACGGAACCAUCCGUAACAUCCUCGGAGGAACCGUCUUCCGUGAGCCAAUCAUUGUGAAGAACGUGCCACGUCUCGUCAACACCUGGUCCAAGCCAAUCAUCAUCGGACGUCACGCUCACGCCGAUCAAUACAAGGCCACCGAUUUCGUUGUUCCAUCAGCUGGAAAGCUCGAAAUCAAGUUCGUCUCCGCUGAUGGAACCCAGACUAUCCAAGAGACAGUCUUCGACUUCAAGGGACCAGGAGUGUCCCUCUCCAUGUACAAUACUGAUGACUCCAUCCGUGAUUUCGCUCAUGCCUCAUUCAAGUAUGCCCUUCAACGCAAAUUCCCACUCUACCUUUCCACGAAGAACACCAUCCUCAAGAAGUACGAUGGACGUUUCAAGGAUAUCUUCGCUGAGAUCUACGUUGAGUACGAGGCUGAAUUCAAGGCCGCUGGAAUCUGGUACGAGCACAGACUCAUCGACGACAUGGUCGCUCAAGCCAUGAAGAGUGACGGAGGAUUCGUGUGGGCUUGCAAGAACUACGACGGAGAUGUUCAAUCUGACUCUGUUGCCCAAGGAUACGGAUCCCUUGGAUUGAUGACCUCUGUUCUCGUGUGCCCAGAUGGAAAGACUGUUGAGGCUGAGGCUGCUCACGGAACUGUCACUCGUCACUACAGAAUGCACCAAAAGGGACAAGAGACAUCGACCAACCCAAUUGCCUCGAUCUUCGCCUGGUCCCGUGGAUUGGCUCACCGUGCCACCCUCGACAACAACGCUGCUCUCGAGAAGUUCGCUCACAACUUGGAAGCUGUGUGCAUCGAGACGAUGGAAGCUGGAUUCCUCACCAAGGAUCUCGCCAUCUGCGUGAAGGGAGGAAACGCUUCAGCUGUUGUCCGUUCCGAUUACCUCAACACCUUCGAAUUCCUCGACAAAUUGGCUGAGAACCUCGCCAAGAAGCAAGCCCAUUAA